GCUUAAAACUACCCAAACAUAUUUCACCACAGCAGCAAGCUUCAGAUUAACCUCACCAGCUAGCUAGCUGGCUAGCGCUAAUUAGCUAGCACACUGGCUGAAACCCUAACGCUAUAACGCUAGACUAAACAAAUGUUUGAAACUUACCUUUUUCAAUGAUUUUUUUUUUUAAGUUGGUGUUCUAAAAGUUGUUGUUUUGCUUAUUGGUCUUCAGUUUAUAACUUUGGCUAAGUAGCUAAGAUAAACUUAGCACUAGCGAUAGCGGAUUUUUGCUUAUUUCCGGUUAACGGAUACUGUUUUCCGCUAGUGGAAACAUGUAUUAAAGAUGCUUACACAGGGGUGACAGAGCAAAGUAACAUGCUGGGAUUACAGACUGAGCUCCCACUGCCCUGUACAUAUUCAAUGUGCCGUUGACGAUGGCGACCACUGCCGACCAGCCCACACAGGUGUAGGUGAUGUAUUGUAAGUAAUUGGUUCAGUCACACGACGAGCGCGUGGACAAGCGUGGUGAGAGGGUGAAGGACGCAUUCCACACUGCAACUAAUAAACAUCACUUAAGAAUGAGCAGAAGACCACCUAAUGGGUCCAAGAAUGAUCUUAAAGAUAAAGAUACUAGAGGGAAAUGCUACGCCUCUUCUAAAAAGGAAAGUGAGCUCCAGCCUUCUCUUCAUUCUUGCAAAGAACAGAAACGGAGGCUUCAAAUUAGAACAUGUUGUCGACGGUUGUGUGAUCUCCUGCCCUUUGUCGAGGGUCAGUUAGACACAGCGACCACAUUAGAGCUCACUGCUAAGUACACGAGCUACCUGAAGCAGACUCUGCCCCCGAGCAUUCUGUCUAAAGUUAAUAAAGCAGUUGAGGCCAAUAUGAAUUGUUCGUGGAAAAACGUAAAAAUGCCACAGAAGAAACGAAGAACAGUCGGGCAAAAGAAGAAUACUUUGCCUGGAGCAAAGCCGGCUGCUAAGAAGUCCACAAAAGAUCAUGUCUCGAGAAGAUGCACUCAGCAGAUCUGUAAACAAGUGACUCAGCCAUCUAGCACAGCAACCAGCCCUCUGACAAUGGACCAGAUGCUUCCUCCAGCUGACAGCCUGACGACAGCGCACGCCCCGCCAAUACUGCUGGACAAAUCUGCUGUUCCCCGGGGACAAAUGCUGCCAGUGUGCCAGGAUCAAUUCCUCUCUUCCUCGUUUCAGUCUGUGGAAAAAAACUGGAUCAACCUGACCUCUGCAUUUAUUAACCCUACGUCGUGUGCUUUCCCACCUGCAAUGAUCCGCCCCACGUUUUUACCACAGGUGGGGUCGCACCCAUCUUCAAGCCAUGCGCUGUGGGAUGUUGAUCCCGGCCUGGUGGAUCCUGUUGCUCUCCCAUCGGUGAACUUUGGCCAAGCCUACAGCCCACCUGACCCCACCGCAGUAGCAAACUUCAUCACGCCCCCGGUAGAACAAGGUCCGAUCCAUUCAUCUCUAGUUGGCACAACUGACAGCGAUUCAGCAGUCGAUUUUACAAACCAACCACUCAUUCCGUUUUCUAUGUUUCAAAGUGCAACUACAAGUUCUAAUGAGCUGACACCUGAGGCUGGAAAUGUGCCAGUGCCAGAUGCUCUGUGUGAUUCAAGACUCCUUCAGGAGAGUGACCUGUGUAGCAGUAGCCCUUUGACAGACAGUCCACAGGAUGUGGUCAAUCCCUUGUGGCUGGAUUUGCUGUUAGAUACCAAUGGUAGCUUGUGCUUCCCUGACGCUAACCUGGUAAAUGUUGUUCUUUCACCGUACACCGGGUCCAACUAACUGUCAUACAUCACAGAUAUGUGAAAUAUAUACAGCCAAUAUUAGAGAAAUAGCCUAGAUGUUGAGAUAUUAAAGUGUUGCUUUUUUGUUCUUUAAUACAUAAUGUGAAAAGAUAUAUAUAUAUAGAAAGUUAAUGUUUUUUUUCUCACAUAUUGAGCUAAAGCUGCAUUGUUGUGAUUUGCUUAUGGGGCAACAAAUUGUUGCUCAUAGUGACAAAGUCCAUGAGGUCUGUGUGCGUCAUAGUACACAGACCCCAAUAAAUACAUUUGAGUAAAAAGCAUUUUUCCCCAUUUUGUUGUUGUUAAAGAUGGCAUUUCAGAUUGUCUUUAGUAAUUUUUCUUUCUACAGAACAUUGUAAGAAAUGGCAGCACUCUGCAUCUUUUCAGUUAAUGAUCUAAGUAAGUCAUUUAUUGAAAUGUCUUUGUAUUUGACUAUUUUAAAAAUAGCCAAUUCACAUGUUAUGUGUUACAUAACUGGGAAGUCAAUGGAUGACUGAAUAUCUCUGUCACUUCAGUUAUAAAUAAUAAACACAUAGUCAAUGUUAAUCUUUGCAAUAAAUGUGUUCGACAAACUGUGCAAUGUGCAACAAAAAUUAUUUUCAAGAUUAACAUUUUGAAUUGAAUUUGUAUUGACUCAGCAGCACAGAAAAUGAGAAAUGGAAGAAUUUUGAAAAAUAAUAUUUUGGAAUUCCUCAUUAAGUACUUAGUGUUCCAAAUCAGAAUAUUGGACACUCUGAACUGUAUUUUACGUGAUAAAUUGAACCCUGGUCACACAAGAAAUGUGAA